AUGGCUGGAGAGGACAAACACCACAUUGAAAGGUCCUGGAAAAUCAGCUCGGUCAACAGCAGCGAAGACCUUCUUCAUUUUAACCAAGGUUCUGGACACCCCGGGAGGAAGGUGCUCUGUAGAAGCCAAGGACGGCUUCCAAGUCUGGAAGGAAUGGUCAGGAGUGUCUGGGUUCAGUGUCCCGGGAACCAACCAUGGAGAGGUGUCCCAUAUAACCCGGCUACCGCCAGGCUGACACAGCCAGUCAGCAGUGACCUGAAACACUCCUCAAGUGGAAAACAGCGUGUUGUGUGUCUGCACCGCCCAAGUGUGAGAGCCACGGGAGAAGCCGAGCUGUGGAAAGCCUCGGCUUGCGCCCCCGACUCCCCGCUUUCGCCUACCUACCCGCUCAGACCCCGGCUUCUCCGGAUCUCAGGAUCCUGGAAGCGGCUCCCAGCACCGACUCUCACACCCGCCGCUGGGCUCCAGCCAACCGGAACCCACUCGCGUCACUUCCGGUCCGGUCCCCCCGAGGAGCCCGCCUCCAAAAGAGAAAUGUUCCACCUUCCUUUUGACAACCCGAGAGGGUCCUCGCGGGAUUUCAGUUCGGCUUUCUCAUUCCUGAUCCGGAACCAGUUUUUCUGGAAACCCGGAAGAAAUAGGUGGCGCGCGCGAAGCGUGUUUCUUGUUCGGGAGUGGAGAACCACAAGGCGUGAGCAAGUCCUUCAGGUACUCUCCAAGUUCUUGGUUAUGGAGUAUUUGGCUCAUCCUGGUACACUCAGCUUGGCUGCUGGAGUUGCUUGUGGCAUGUGCCUGGGCUGGGGCCUCCGGGGCCACCUUAGGAUGUUCCCCCAGAACUCAACAAGUGAGACAAAUAGAGACACAGAGACAGGAACCGAAGCAAGCAUCUUGGGAGAGAGUGGAGAGUACAAAUUGAUUCUUGUGGUUCGAACUGACCUAAAGAUGGGAAAAGGGAAGGUCGCUGCCCAGUGUUCUCAUGCUGCUGUUUCUGCCUACAAGCAGACUCAAAGGAGAAACCCUCAAGUGCUCAAAGAGUGGGAGGACUGUGGCCAGCCCAAAGUGGUGGUCAAAGCCCCAGAUGAAGACACCCUCAUUGAAUUACUGACCCAUGCAAAGAUGUUGGGACUGACUGUAAGUUUAAUCCAAGAUGCUGGACGUACUCAGAUUGAACCGGGCUCUCGAACUGUCCUGGGAAUUGGGCCAGGACCAGUAGAACUAAUUGAUGAAGUUACUGGCCACCUAAAACUUUACUAGAUGAGCUUUUGUGUGAUGUGAUUCUGUCUGAAAACUGAAGCUUGUCAGUAACAAUAAAAGCUUAAUUUUUGCCCCACUUUAAAAUCUGUUCCCAUGUUCUAUCAUGUUCUGGACCAUUAAUAUCUUGAGCUUAAAAUAUUUUUGAAGGGCUAGAGAGAUACUUGCAGAGGACUCUGGUUCAGUUCCCUGUUAUCUGGAUGGCAGUUCACAACCAUCCAUAACUCCAGUUCCAGAGGAUCCAACACCCUCUCCUCAUCUCCACCACUAGGCACACAUGGUGUACAUAUAUACAUACAGGCAAAACCACCAUACACAUAAAUCUAAAGAAUAAACGUAAGCCUUUAAUCACAGCACUUGGGGAAGCAGAGGCAGGCAGAUCUGAGACCAGGCUGGUCUACAGAUCAAGUUCCAGGACAGCCAAGGUAGAGACAGAAACCCUUCUCAAAAAAAUAAAAAAUAAAAAUAUUGUUUAAAUGCUCUGUGGAGUGAUAGGUGCUGAAACAGUCUGAUGUUGGGUAAAAAGGAAGCCAUGUUUCCCAUGUAUAAUGCGGCCUCUGUGUGUUGAUUACUCUUCAAUCAAACCAUGCUGCUAUCCUUGGCCUUUUUGAGGACCUGGUUCAAGAAAUCAUAUUGCAGUUUUUCGUAGAUAAUCUUUAAUUAACAGACCAUUGCAUAGACCCACUGUGCAGUCAUAAUUAAGAUUUGUAACUAGCUGGAUGUUUUGGAGACGGGUUAACCUUGAACCUGUGGCAUUUCUCCUGCCUUGACCUCCGACAUGCUGGGAUUGAAAGCAUGCAACAUCAUACCUAGUUGAUUUCUAUUUCAGAGUUGAAAUUUUAUGUAGCAUUUUGAUGCUUAUUUCUGAUCCACUUGGGCUAAAGGUACUUCACAGUGGUUCUAAUUCAUAAGCUUUAGAAAUUCAUUUACUUACUUCAGUGGUGAAACCAGUAUGUUAAGUGAACUUUAUGGACUUUGAAAGUGGAAAUGUGAGAAUGAAUUUAUGGCAACUAAAGGACUGUAGUUGUACCCAAUCUCUCCUGAAAAUAUUAGGAACUAAAUAAUUUUAUUACUUAAGGGCACAUUUUCUCACUGUGUAUCCCUGACUAACUUGGAACUCACUAUGUAGAACCAGGCUUUUCUUGAACUCAGAAGUCCUCCGGCCUUUCUCCCAAUGCUGUGGGAUUAAAGCCUUGCACCAGCAUGCUUGGCUACAUAAAGCUUUCUUGACAGUCUUGCUAGAAUCCAUUUUUCUUGACAGCUCCAGAAGAUUGACAGUGACUUCUAAAUUCAUCAUAUCCUUUAAAACUGUGAUGUUGAGUGUAAGGUCAUAAGUAGAAGCUAGGCAGAAUGAUUAAACUGUAAGCAGUCUCUAAGUUAUGGUGCUUGGUGCAUUUGUAUCACACAGAAGCAUAAGAUGGUACAGGAGCAAUCAACACUGAAUGAUGCCACAGUAGCAACAGUUUCUAAACGGAAUGUUUAUACAGGAGUCAAAAGUGAUGCAACCACAUGUAACUGAGUUGAACUCAAUCUUAAAUACAUGGUUAUGACUCCACACUGACAGACUGCUUUCCCAGCAGGAUGGCUGGGGUAGCUGAUUCAAGGACCUGUAAUAAGCCAGGGCUUACCUACAAGGACAGUGAAAAAUGUUCUGGUAACAAAUCACAGUAUUUGUUCACCUGUUCUUGGUAUGUAUUUCAUAGGCACUUAACGAGUAGUCCUCACAGCAUACUCUGCAGAGCCCAAGGAGUCUGUGUAACUAUUUCCAUUAACUUGAAUGAAAGGCACUUUCUUUUCUCUAAUGUGUUACCACUGAUGAUCUCUCUAAACAAGUAGCCAUUAUAUUGUAGCCUUCACAUCCCACAUCCAUAGUAAAGCUUCACUUGUCCUGGUGAAAUAGUUAACUAAAGGCUGCAGGGUAGAGGGAGUCUUUUCAGGAAGUCCUCCUUGGUAGGUUGCCCAGGAUGGCCCAACAUACAGUCCCAUAAUGUCAGCACUGAUUGGACUCAGUGCACUGUUAUGAAAAAGAUUAACUUGAGAGGAAGAUGAGUGGGGGAGGGGUGCUAGGCUCACAGUACAUUGUAUACAUGGAUGAAAUUCUCAAUGAAUAAAAACAAUUAAAAGCAUUUUUUAACCAUGA